AUGGCGAAGCUGUACGUGCAGGCGGUGCCACCCCCGGAUCUGAACAGGAACACGGAGUGGUUCAUGUACCCAGGGGUCUGGACCACCUACAUCCUCAUCCUCUUCUUCUGCUGGAUCCUCGUCCUCUCCGUUUUCGGCUGCGCCCCAGGCACGGCGUGGACGCUCGUCAACCUCGGCCACUUCACGAUCACCUAUCAUUUUUUCCACUGGAAGAAGGGGACCCCAUUUGCUGAUGACCAGGGGAUGUAUAAUACAUUGACAUGGUGGGAACAAAUGGACAAUGGCAAACAGCUUACACGCAACCGAAAGUUUCUGACUGCAGUUCCUGUCGUUCUGUACCUCAUAGCUUCCCACACCACAGACUAUCAGCAUCCUAUGCUCUUCCUCAACACCCUAGCAGUCACCGUGCUGGUUGUUGCCAAACUACCAAACAUGCACAAGCUAGAGCCGGUGCGAGAAAAGUUGGCAAGUGCUAUGUCAGCAAGGGAAGUAAUAGAGAUGGUUCUGGAUCUGAAACCUGAGGUACAGAGGCAAGUGAUCACCCUACUCUACCUAUGGUGGUCUGAACGUUGUGGAGUGAGGGAAGGUGAGAAGCUUCGUGAUGGAGCCCGCCUGGCGCAAUUGAUCAAUACAUAUGCAGUCGAAUGGUCAUCACUUAAGCAAGCAAAAGCAUCGGGAGAUCGGUCUCAGCCCAGGAGGUCUUGGGUGCCGCCGCCGGAAGACGCUGUCAAAAUAAACUGUGAUGGGGCUUUCAAUCUGAACAAUCGCUCAGGUGGUUGGGGCUUUCUGAUACGUGUCUGGGAUGGAGGCGUCAUCGGCUCGGGCUAUGGGAAGCUAGACAACGUUGGGGAAGCUUUCCAUACGGAGAUCAUUGCCUGCUUGCAAGCAUUGCAGCGGGCAGCUGAUUUGGGAAUCCAAAAGGUGAUCUUGGAAACGGAUGCAGCCAUGGUUGUGCAAGCGGUAAACUCCUCCGACUUUUGA